AUGAAGUCUGAAGAGACCCUGAAUGGUGAUCUCCACGCCUGCAAAUCAGCUCUGGAAGCCACACAUACCAGAAUCCUGAAUAUUGACUUCUCUAUAGAGCAACCAACCUUGAUGCCUAACAUGGAAAAUGACACGCUCCAGUAUAGGCCCAUAAUCUCUGCAUCCAGGCCAUUUAGGUCCUGGACACAGAAGAUAAUUCAUAGCAUUGGACCACCAUGUAAAAUUACUUUCAUUCCUGUUUCUAGCAUUGAUUUCACCACGAAUUAUCAACAAGAUAAAACGAGUGAAAUUGCAGGGAGCAUCAUGGUCAGGCACUUGGAAGAGGAGAUCCUCCAUCAGGACUUCAGAAUCUUAAAAUCUCUAGAUUUUGGUUCAUUUGGGGUGGUGAAGCUUGCAUGCCAUCUUCCUACAAAUACACAGGUUGCUGUCAAGGUGCUGGAGAAAAAUCCAACUGCUGUGGCUGACAACACCUCUGAAGUAGAGAUCCUUCAGUCUUUGGAACACAGAAAUAUAGUUCGAUUUUUUCAUGCCAUUGACACAGUGAACAUGACUUAUGUUGUUAUGGAGUAUGUUCCUGGAAAGAAUUUGGAGAUGUUCCUCAGGAAAGUAGCCUAUCUGACAGAGGAUGAAGCUAGACCAAUAUUCCAACAGAUGGUGACUGCGGUGCACUUUCUCCACCAAAGACUCAUUGCACAUCGUGAUAUUAAAUUGGAGAAUAUCCUUAUCGACAGAGCUGGAAACGUCAAGCUUUGUGACUUUGGAUUGGCCAUUCAGCUCAAAGAGGGGCAGAUGUUGAAAAAGGGCUGUGGCUCUUUGCACUAUAUGGCUCCAGAGAUCUUGGCAGGAAAACCCUAUGAUGGGCUGGCAGUUGACAUGUGGAGCUUGGGAGUUGUCCUCUAUGUGCUGGUCACAGGACAAUUUCCAUAUGAAGAAAGGACUUAUCAUGGUAUGCAUAAGGUCAUCAGCAACACAAAAUAUCCACUUCCCUACCACCUGUCUAAGCCCUGUUGCCAAAUCAUUGGACGAUUACUCGCAGUCCCGACCAGGCACAGGAUAACAAUAAGUCAGCUCCGGGGAAAGACGAUGGCUGGGCCACAUUAA